AUGGCGCCUGCAACAGUGGAAUCAGCAUCGCCAAUCGGCAUAGCUAAUCUCCCUAACCAGAGACAUAAGAUCGUUGCGAAGCGAGGCGCAGCUUUCACAAUUAUGGUUGCUGGAGAAUCAGGUCUUGGAAAGACCACCUUUAUCAACACUCUCUUCUCAACAACUAUCAAAAACUACGCCGAUCACAAACGUCGCCAUGCGAAGCAGGUUGACAAAACGGUUGAGAUUGAGAUCACAAAGGCUGAAUUAGAGGAGAAAUUUUUCAAAGUCCGCUUGACUGUGAUCGACACUCCUGGCUUUGGCGAUUAUGUGAACAAUCGUGAUUCCUGGAUGCCUGUCAUCGAGUUCCUUGACGAUCAACACGAGUCCUACAUGUUGCAAGAGCAGCAACCUCGCCGAGUAGACAAGAUUGAUCUCCGAGUUCAUGCCUGCCUCUAUUUCAUCCGCCCCACCGGCCACACCCUCAAACCUCUCGACAUCGAAGUUAUGAAGCGUCUGAGCUCACGCGUCAACCUGAUCCCUGUCGUGGCCAAAGCAGACACUCUCUCACCCGCAGACCUGGCUCGGUUCAAGAAUCGCAUCCGAGAUGUCAUUGAUGCGCAAGGAAUCAAGAUAUACCAACCUCCCGUCGAAGAAGAUGAUGAAGCUGCUGCUUCACACGCCAAGUCUUUGAUGGCUGCUAUGCCCUUCUCGGUUAUUGGCAGCGAGAAAGACGUCAAGACUGCGGAUGGACGCAUAGUGAAGGGCCGUCAAUAUUCCUGGGGCGUGGCUGAGGUGGAAAACGAAGAUCAUUGCGAUUUCAAAAAGCUUCGCUCAAUUCUUAUUCGAACUCACAUGCUUGACCUGAUCCACACAACCGAAGAGAUGCAUUACGAAGCUUACCGUGCGCAACAGAUGGAGACUCGGAAGUUUGGCGAAGCAAGACCCAGAAAGUUGGACAAUCCAAAAUUCAAGGAGGAGGAAGAAAACUUGCGCAAGAGGUUUACAGAACAAGUGAAAGUGGAGGAGCAGCGAUUCAGAACCUGGGAGCAAAAGCUAAUUGGAGAGAGGGAUCGCUUGAACAAGGACCUGGAGAGCACUCAUGCUGCCAUCAAAACGCUCGAACAGGAACUUGAACAGAUGCAGGGCUCUGCUGUCCGUAGCCAUGGUCGUCGAUGA